AUGAACACAACAGCUACUAUUUCUAAUGUUUCUGUUGAGGACACCACAGCCUUCUCAACGAUUCUGUCGGAGAAGACUUUAGGACUUCAGGUAACAACAGCAGUGCCGCGAAAGAUCAAGGUACAUUCGGGCGUCGUCAGCGACGCAGUGUACUUUUACUUCGAAACGUAUGUGGAUUUGUGGCUCUGUAUGGUCAUUGCUUUGCUUGGCGUCGUGACUAACAGCCUGACUCUGGCUGUUUUCAUCAAACAAGGCCUUAGAGACAGUGUCAACAUCUCCAUGGCAACCGUAGCGUUUUGGGACUUAACCAAGUGUAUUGGUGCUGUGAUUAACCGGAUGUAUGGUCCCAUUAGCUGGUUUUCCCCGGCUUUUGGUCAGUCCUGGCAUCACAUGACAUUGCCCAGCUUGGGAUACCUGCCAAUAUUCGCAGGAUAUGUUUCCUACGCGCUUGCCGCGUACAUAGCGUUCGAGCGAUGUCUUUGCGUGAUGAUACCCCUCAAAGUAAAGUUUCUGCUCGGCCCUAAAGUUACUUUAGCCGCAGUCCUCAUUAUUUCUAUUGCUGUGUUUGGUGCGUACGCUAUUGUGUUUUUCCUGUAUAAGAUCGUGUGGAUAUACAAUCCGGUGUACAACACAACAAUAGCCGAGUACACCUUCAACGAUUUCUACAAACAACACGGGCGAAUGAUCAUGGCGUAUUACAAAGCUAUUGCCAUCAUCUUGCCUCUCUUUAGCUUUGUCAUUGUCGUCAUCUGCUCGGUUUUGACGGUUCAUGGACUUAGGAGGUCUUCGACUUUCCGCACCAGCGCACAGAACGUGAAGGACGCCCAAACGGAUUCGAAGAGCAAAUUGUCCGGGAAAGACAAGCAGAUAGCGAAAAUGCUUAUGGCAAUUAUCAUUGUCUACAUCGUCAAUCUUUUCCCUCGCAUUAUAUUUGGUAUCGCCCAACUUGCUGAGCCUGAAUAUUAUGUGUUGGGUCGAUACCAUAAUCUCUUCAUGAGUACAGCGAACUGCAUCUUCGUUCUCGACUUCAUCAAUGCCUCUAUAAACUUGUUCAUUUUUUAUCGAAUGAGCUCGAACUUCCGAGCUACCUUCAAUGCCUUGCGCCGUUGCCAUGAUGCUGGUGCUUGCAAAUUUGCCGUAGGGGCUAACUGUGUCUAG